ACUUUGAUAGCUCCGCCUUACACCAUUUUUUGUAUAAUCCUAUUGAUUAAAUGCUGUAAUAUAUAUCGCAGAAACAAAAUCUGCAUACCGAUUUGGUUUUGUCGAUUCGCAUUCCCAUCUCAUUGGCAUUGCGCAUGUUGCGUGGUAGAACUUAGAAGUGUUUGAUUGCGAGCGAGUAAUUUUACAAACCGGUGUUUUUCCUCCAUCAUUUUAUUGGAUUUCUCUUUUUAAUUUCAACCCUCCCUGCCGUGCUUGCUGAACUGCAUGCUGUACCAUCCCACAUUCGACCCUCAGUGUUUGCUAAGUGUGGCAGCUGGAUUGUUUAGCUAGUGCUGUACAUGUUGUAGCUGGCCGAGAGAUUGGACGACCAACUGUUGCUUCUCUGGAGGAAUUCGUCAGUGGAGUUGCUUGUUGGAGGCAGAGGCGUGGAGUAAAAUUCCACUGGUUUUGCUUGUGGUGAGUGAUGAUGAAGUUCUAGAGUCUGGGCAAGAUGUGACAGAGAUGACUGGAUCUGAAAUAUUGAAGAUUUAAAGUAAAUUAUGAUGCCAGCUGAUGAUCCAAGACGACUUUAGGUACAUGUAGGAGAAGGGAAACAAAAGUCGCCAACAGAAUAAAAACGAACCCUCAACCUCAAAUAACAUGAAGAAUCAACAGCCAAAAAAUCCAGUGAAAACUUGAAACCUCAGUCAAGACAAGACAAACUGAUAUACAUUGGCUCUAAAUCCUGCUGUCUUACAAAAAAAAAAAAAAAAAAAACUUACCCCAACCAAAUUAUUAAGUAACAAAAUUGCUGCUACAAUUCUUCAUUCUGAUCCAAAAUAAUGUAUUCAUAAUAUUUUUCACUCUGUCAAGGACAUUAAUUUUUAAAAUUAAAACAAAAAACCUCUGUUAAUUUGAAACUGAAUGUGCCAUUUGCCCCAAAACAACUUUUUGUUAAAUGUUCAUAGAAUAAUUUUGACUAAAUUUGUUCAACACCAACAAUAAUUUUAUGGAAGGUGUUUGGAACUAGCAUUUCCAAGAACAUCAUCAUACUUCCAGAUAGUUUAUAACAAGAUAAUUAACACCUGAUAAAAAGCAAAAACUAUUAUUUACAAUUUAGUUUCUGAUCUAAAGAUUCAAUCGGCCAUUUCAUAAAAUUCACGCAAGAACAAGACGGCAAGUCUUCAUUAAGUGAAGCCGAAUAAUUCUGAAAUUUAACGUGAACAAUCAGACAAGAUGGAGUCACAACUCGCAACAUCAGACAUGGCGCCCUCGCAUGACGACAUGAAACGCAUCAUCGCAGAGAAAGCGAGGGAGCUGUUUAUUUGCUGCGAUAAGGAAGAGAAGGGGUUUGUUUGCCGGAGGGAUAUGCAGAGAUUGGACGGGGAGUUGCCUCUUACCCCAGAACAGUUGGAAGAAGUUUUUGAUUCGUUGGAUGACGAUGGAAAUGGAUUCCUGACAUUGGAAGAAUUUACCGAGGGAUUUGGUGGGUUUCUUGGUUUGAACGUGGAUCCCGAUAUCGAAGACAGUAAGGGAGAGAAAGACAUCUUUGAAGAUGAUAAAAUCAGUGAUGAUAACUUAGAGCAGGAUUACCAUAGAGUCAUGGAGACUCUUGGAGCAUCAGGAACAUUCGAUGAAGACCAAGACCAAGUGAAGGAUUUAUGGAAGAGUUUGAGGAAGAAUGAGCCAGAACUUCUUGGACACUUUGAAGAUUUCGUCCAGCGAGUCUGUAUGGAUAUGCAUAAAGCUCAGAUCACUACAGGGGAGCUGGAAAAUGCACUCAAGACGCGAGGUAGUGCUCAUGAGUUGGAGGUUCGGAGGCUUUACGAGGAGAUGGAACUGCAGAUAAGAGCAGAGAGGGACAGAAUCCUACAUGAGGAAAAGGAAAAAGAAAAACGAGUCCGUGAGGAAUUGACUCACAUGAUGAGGAGUAAAGAUGAACAACUUCAAGAACUGUCCAAGCAACAAAUUGAGUUGGAGUCUAAGUUGAAGAAGAUUGCUGAAAUGGAGGAAGAUAUGAAGCAAGAAAAUGAGAUGCUGCAAAAGACAAAUUAUGAUCUUCGGACCAAACUUGACGGUUCCAUGAUGGAUUUGGAUGAAUCUAAGACGUAUUUAAAAGACAUCCAAGUCACUAUGAAGAAAGAGAAGAGAGACAGAGCGCACGCUGCGUUGAAAGUGACAGAGAAUAUUAUGGAAGAGCGAGAGAGUUUGGUCAAGCAGCUGAAUUUACUACGAACGAUGAAUAAGAAACUGCAAGAUGAGAAAGAUGAGUUUGAUUCUCGUCUUAAGGAGAAAGAGGCAGAGCAAGCUGAAGCCCUUCGACAGCAAUCUAACCCACUGGUCAAACAAGGCUCUGUCUUAGCUCCGUAUGUACCACCAGCAAGAAACCCAACCCUCAAGGCAAUGCAUUUCCAGGAAUAUCCAGUGUUCCAUCAGAGUCGUAAAGUCGGCGAAUCAGGAACAGUUGGUGAAUAUGACGACGAGGACGACGAUUCAUAUGUUAUUCAUGAAGAAGACGAAGUAGAAGUCGAUGACGACGUUUAUCGGACCGGUCACGGGACGUUGAUACACGGCGUGAUUAAUGGGGGAAUGUAUAAUGAGGAGGAAGGAGAGAGGAUGGAUUUAGUGAUGGGACAUCAACACAUGAAUGGGAGACUGCUCGGAGGGUACGAGAUGGAUCAUGCACAGGUUACCAGGCAGUCUAUACGCCGACAAUAUGCAUCAGCUCAAGAGGCAAAGCUUGGUUCACCAGAGUCAGCUGAUGGUCUAUCAGUUGGAGGUGUCGGGUCCUUUGGUGCCAUUAGGGAAGAACCGGUAGGAUGUCACUCAGCAACACUCACAGAAGCAGCAAGGAUUGCUGCCAUACCUAAGGGACCAGAGAGGCUGUUUAAGGUGGUGUUUGUUGGCGACUCUGGAGUCGGGAAGACUAGUCUUAUUCACCGGUUUUGCAGCGAUACCUUCAGGUCGGCUUUUAGUGCAACAAUUGGUGUGGAUUUCCAAGUCAAGACUAUGAUCAUAAACAACGCCUUGAUCGCUCUUCAACUCUGGGAUACGGCCGGCCAGGAAAGAUUCCGAAGCAUCACUCGUCACUACUUCAGGAAAGCUGACGGGAUUAUCAUCAUGUAUGACAUCAACUCAGAAGCUUCAUUCAUCAACGUUAGGAAUUGGAUGAACAGCGUCGUUGAAUCAACGAGUGAUGGUGUUGUACGGAUGAUGAUUGGAAAUAAAACUGAUUUAGCUGAAGAUAACCCAGAAUCAAGACAGAUCAAGGAAGAAGUCGGAGCCAGUAUGGCGGAGUCCUAUGAUUGUAUCUUCUACGAGGCCAGCGCAAAAAGUGGUCAGAAUAUCGCUGAAGCGUUCCAUCGGAUGGCGACAAUCCUCCAACAGCGAGAAGACGAAGAUAUGGAGAAAGCUCUCAAUCUGACAGACGAGGAUGUCAAUAAAGGAUGCUGCGGCAAGUAACCAUGGUAACAGAGGUAGUGAAAACAGGGUCUGGUUGAUAAAGUGGAACAUUGUGAGCUCUGAGGGAUUUCAUAAUUUCAACGUUCAGGGUUGGGAGGUGUUUCGUCAUGAAUGACAUAUGAUAUCAAAAUAUUUCACUUCUUUUCAUUAUUUAUAUUUUUUGUGAUAAGUUUCAUCUUCAUGCCAAGACAAUUUAACAACUUUUUUUUUUGUCAGAAAUUGACAAGUUAGUUACUUUUCAUAGUGUUCCCAAAUAGUGAUUUGCAAUAUUUAUCAUACUGCCUCCAUCCUGGUCAUGUUCCUCGUAUCGUCUAACAAUAAUGAAUGCUAAUAAUCAUCUGGCAAUUAGGAACCAGACUAUUUUGUUCUUCCAGCUUCAGUUUGGUAACUUUGAUAUCAAUGGGAGAAAUUCAAGAUGGCUGCACCGUUAUAGAGGUCUAUACUUGCCAGACUGACAAUCAAUUAAUAGACUCUACUUUUAAAAUAGCUUAUAGUUUUUGAAAGUUGAUAUGUAAAUUAUACCCAGUUGACUUUUUUCAAUUCAAAUACUCCGGAUUUUAUCCACACAUUGACUUUAACAAAAAUUUAGGAGGGGGAAGUUGGAUUUUAUGUUUUUGUAUUAUACCGCACAAGACUACAACCGCUUCCAAGUAAAGUGUGCUUCCAAAAAAUUAUUUUAUCGCUUCCAUUUUUGUUUUUAAAUAUUUUUCUAGGGAGCUUUGUGAAAUGGGAGUAUAGGGAAAUUAUUUAGCUAAUAAUUAUGUAGCUGUAAGCAUUUGGGGUGUGGGAAUAUUUUGUGAAUCUUUUGUAGCCGAAAGUAGGUUAAUUUGAGCUUCUUGAAAAGUAGAGAAUUUUAACUAGUUUAGUCACGUAAGGAUCAAUCAGCUUUGUCAAAAGUUGUGUAUAUCCCUUUGUCGGCUCAGGACUAUAAGGUCAUUAGUGCAGUUUGUAUAGACCAUGUGACAUCUGUUUACAAUGAGCGUGACCUUGAACAUGCUUUGGCUGUUCUGGCAGGCAAGAUACUGCACUGGUCAUAUGGGAAAGGUGAAAUUUGUCCAUAAUUUCCACAUAAACUCAAG